UGCAAGAACAAAGAGCACAGGAAGCUAGACACAGGCAGGGGAUUUCCAGCUCAGCCUCCUUGUAUAUAAGCGGGCGCAGUUCUCCUCAUCCUCUGUUUUCUUGGUCUCUGGUUCCUGCUGCUCCCUUCAGUGCAGAGAUGCCUUCGACCCUCUGUGUGAAUGUCCAUUCUCAGGAAUGGGGACCAAUGACCUUCACUGCCAACUUGCAUGACAGAGUGAAGAAGAUCCAGGAACAUGUGCGGUCUGAGACCAAGGUUCCUGUGCAGGACCAGGUCCUCCAGCUGGGCUCGAAGACCCUAAAGCCCCAGAGAAAGCUAUCAUCUUAUGGCAUUGACAAGGAGACCACCAUCCACCUCACCCUGAAGGUGGUGAGGCCCAGUGAUGAGGAGCUGCCCCUGUUUCUGGUGGAGUCAGGUGAUGAGGGGCAGAGGCACCUCCUCCAGGUGCGAAGGUCCAGUUCAGUGCCCGAGGUGAAAAAGAUGAUUGAGACCAAAACUGCUAUAACCCCUGAGAAACAGAUUGUGACUUGCAAUGGAAAGAGACUGGAAGAUGGGAAGAUCAUGGCAGAUUAUAACAUCAGAACGGGCCAUUUACUCUUCUUGACACCCUACUGCAUUGGAGGGUGACCACCCUGCGGAUGGGGUGAUCUCUGGAGCAAAGGAGCUUAUUUCCUUUUCGCUCUUACUCACCAACCACAACCUUUGAUGAUUUCUCAAAAUUAUUGAGAAAGAGGUAUAUAGAAAGAGUAGAUUUAGAGUGGGGAGUCAGACUG